AAAACACACCAGCAAUAACAAGUACACAAGAGUACACGCAAGUACACAAGAGUACACGCAAGUACACACAAGUACACUAGAGUACACGCAAGUACAAGAGUACACACAAGUACAUACAAUUAGAAAUUAACAUAACAUUAGCAUAAAAUGAAAACACUCCAGUUGUACCUCAGAACAGUACCGAGUACUGGAGUAAAUGUACUUUGUUACUUUCAAAUCCACAACGCAGCAGAGAAGCACCAAGAAACAGGCUGAAGACGCCAUCAGAGAGAUGGAACAGGAGAUCUCUGAUCUGAUGAAGAGGAGCACUGAGGUGGAGAAGCUCUCCCUCUCUGAAGACCACCUCCACCUCCUCCAGAGUGUCCAGUCCCUCAACAUCCACCAUCCACCACCCACCAAGGACUGGUCUCAGGUCAGUGUUCCUCCAGCAUCACAUGAGGGGACUGUGAGGAGAGCUGUGUCUCAGCUGGAGGAGACGCUCAGGAACAUGAUGAAGACGCUGGUUGCUGAAGUUGAGAUGAAGAGGGUCCAGAAGUUUGCAGUGGACGUGACUCUUGAUCCUGAAACAGCUCAUCAUGACCUCAUCCUGUCUGAUGACGGGAAACAAGUGAAACCUGCUCAGGUAGAGCAGCCACGUCUCCCCGACAAUCCACAGAGGUUCUCUUCUUGUCUCUGUGUUUUAGGAACACAGAAGUUCUCUUCAGAAAAACUUUACUAUGAGGUUCAAGUUAAACAAAAGACUGAAUGGUAUUUAGGAGUGACCAGAGAGUCAGCCAGCAGGAAGGGACCCAUCUCACCGAGUCCUGAGAACGGUUACUGGACUAUAUGUUUGAGAAAUGGAAAUGAGUAUGAAGCUGCUGAUGAUCCUCCAGUUGUUCUCUCCCUGAGGUCUGGGCCUCAGAAGGUGGGGGUGUUUGUGGACUAUGAGGAGGGUCUGGUCUCCUUCUAUGACGUAGAAGCUGCAGCUCUCAUCUACUCCUUUACUGGCUGCUCCUUCAAGGAGAAACUCCUCCCAUUCUUCUAUCCUGGUCGUUAUCUUGAUGGUAUAAACUCUGCUCCUCUGAUCAUCUCUCCUGUUGGAGUAAACUAAUCACUCUGUUUGUUGUAAUGAUUUUCUUCAUUGAAGAGAAUAAAUGUACAUAUCUUGUCUUAAUAUCAUGCAGUUGAACUUGACAUCUUACUGUGGUGAUUGAUUUACACGUAAAAUGUAUUAAAUGUAUCCCGUUACAUAUAAACAUAUUAAUCUCUUAAACUCUGCAUGAUGACACAUCAUAUGUAGAAUUUAAAUUCAAAUCUUUGUUAAAUCUAAGACAUUUAUUUCUACGUCCAGAAGAAAGAUCCAGAAAAGUAAAGCCUGGUUGACAGAAGUUGUUUCAUGACAAAUAAAUUGUAUUCUGUGACUUUCAUAAUAAAAGAGGUUUACAAGCAAAACAAGACUUUUUUGAAAUAAAUAUUAUUUUUACAGUUCUUACAAGUCCAUCUGAAACCAUGAGUCACUUGACAGAAAAUGAAAUGGAAACUAUUUGUAAUGGUUUAAUAAAUGUUACCUGUAAAAACA